AUCGUGAGCUAGCCAUUUCUGUUGACCGUUAGCUCCCGUAAAAUAUUAAUGCCGCCCAAAAAGACACAUUUAGCGUAAUUGUCAGACACAUUAAAACGCCAUCAGAUGUAUCUAAUGGCGACUGACACGUUAUUCCGGGCACAUAGCCUCUAAUAAAGGCGCAGCGUGUCUGUUUUAGUGACCUAGUUGGUAGCGGUGCCGCUGCUAACAAGCUAAGUUGCUAACAGGUUGCUAACAUCCGUUUACAGUAAAGCAGGAAGGAGGGACCAGACGAGCUGCUUGGCCUCAAAGGUUACUGCACUUCUGCAAACAUUUAUUCAUAAAAACGAGCCGUGUCCGGUGCUGAGAAAACGGGGGAAAGGGAAAGAAUAUUUUUACUCAGCUGAGCACAAAGAUGUCAAAGGCUCCGGAUUCGCCAGCUCGGUCUCGCUCCAGAUCGAGGUCGAGAUCCAGAUCUUACUCCAGAUCUCACUCGAGAAGCCGCUCCCGCUCAAGAUCCAGAAAACGUCGCUAUAGCUCUAGAUCCCGUUCCCGCUCUCGCUCCCACUCUCCGUCCUACAGAAACUAUCCUACCAGGGACUAUCAGAACAACAGAGGUGGGUUCAGAGGCUACAACCGAGGCUACCGGAGGCCCUACCACUACCGUGGCAGAGCCCGAGGCUAUUACCAACGAGGCCAUUACCAGAACAGGGGAGGAGGCGGCGGCUAUGGCUAUAAGUCCAACUGGCAGGGUGGUGGAGGUGGUGGUGAUAGAGGUGGUGGAGGAGGCUGGCACGACCGGCACCAUGACCAGGACCACCACGCACACAGUCCCAGGAGAGGGCGCUCACGCUCCCGCACACCCAAGAAGCGCUCAGGAAGCCGGAGCCGCUCCCACUACUCUGACCGCUCAUCUUCACGGGGAUCCCGGCGCUCCAGGCACUCCAGCUUCUCCUCGCGGUCCCGGUCGUCAUCGCCACGUCACCGCAGCAGCAAGGGCAAGCACGGCUCCAAGGAGAGUAAGGACAAGGUAGAAAGUCAAGCAGACAAAUCCGGUCAGGCAGCAGAUGGCAGCGCCAUCGAAAAGGUGUCUGGCGGUAAAUGGAUUGACUAUGACACCAGCCCUAAACGAACCCCCCCAGAGACUAAAAAAGCGGACAGUGACACUGGUCCUGACGGCAAAGGACCUGGGAGCGGCGGCCCUCUGUGGAAAACCAUCGGGACCGCGUCCCCUCCAGCAAAGAGCCCCACAAAGUCUGGACAAACUGCCUCCUUCAGCGGCUUCGGAUUCUUCUCAAAGGAGGACUCCAAAUCUGCCGAUAAGAGCGGGAUCUCCGCUGCCUUCAAAAAGUUCUUGGCUGAGAACAAAAACAAAAAGCAGGCUGCUGAGAAGGAGAACGGUCGCGAUAAAGAGCAGAGCGCCACAGACAGAGAACUGGAGAAAGGAAGCAAGUCUGGAGACCUUUUCAGCAUCUCGUCCACUUCUUUCAACGACUCCAAAGAGGACAAGACCCUGCCUUUCUUUGACGCUGGAGAAGAGGAGUUCCUCAAGUCUCACGGGCUGAAAGAGCGAGACAUCGAGGAGGACGGGGAGAUCAAAACCACCCUCACAGCCCGGGACCUUUUUGGUAAAUGGGGGGACGAACCAAGCUAUCCGACAUCCUACCCGUCAGUGAAAGAGAAGAGCCGGAGAGAUGCUGAAGAGGCGGAGCCGGUGGAUCACAUGGAGGAGGACUUGUUCCGAAGCCGCAAGCACAGCUCCAAGAAAGAGGAGAAGUCCAAGAAGAAGGAGAAGAAAGAGAAGGAGAAGUCUAGAAGGAGUCCGUCCCCUCCCGCAACUUCCAGAGAGAAGGAGCGGCCGCUGUUCCCCGGAGCUUUCCCUCCUCGUGAGGACUCACCUGUACGACACCUGACCGCGUCAAGGCACGACUUUGAGCUCAAAGUCGGCUCUGUUGAUGAAAAGCCCAGCUCGUCACUGUCUAAAGAGCGCCUCAUGCCCCGAGACCUGGUCAAUCCUUCUCAGAAAGAUCCAGAGUUUCGUUCCAUUUUCCAGCACAUUCAGUCAGCACAGCUCCGCCGCAGCCCCUCUGAGCUGUUUGCUCAGCACAUAGUCUCAAUUGUGCAUUACAUCAAAGCUCAACACUUCCAAUCCUCAGACAUGACUUUAAGUGAGCGGUUUGCCAUGUACCAAAGAAAAGCUGCGGAGGUAGAAUUGAUGAAGCCAAGGAAGAGCCCAGAAAUCCACAGGAGAAUCGAUGUUUCCCCCAGUGCCUUUAAGAGGCACUCUCACCUGUUUGAGGAUAUGGAGGAGACGAGCUACAAGGAUCCAAGUAAAAAGUUCAAAGGCGACGUGAUGGACCUUCGCCUGGAUAUUGAAAGACGUAAGAGGUUUGCUGGGAAGGAGUUCAAGCGUGAAGGAGGCAGGAGUCCCGGAGGCUCCCGAGGACCAAGCAGAGAGAGGUCCUCUGAGAAAUCUGGGAAACACCACAAGAAAUCCAAGAAGGGUAAAAAGAAGCGGGACCGCUCUCCUUCCUCCUCUUCCUCCUCCUCCUCUCCGUCCCCUUAUCCUCCACCUUUCAGAGGUAAAGAGUACAUGGGAGGAGAGGGGAUGGAGCACUCGGAGGAGGGCUAUGGUCACCCACGUUACCCUCCACGGGACUACAGUGGGCCCGCAGACAGGGGCCCUCGAGAGUAUGAGGGCUACAACCCAGAGAGAGGCCGAGGCCGCGGAUUUUUCCCCAGAGUGAGAGGGAGAGGGUGGAACAGGGGAAAUUAUCCAGGCAACAACAGCAAUGGAAACCCUGCCAAUAUGAACCCUGCAGCGCGCCCUCCAGAGGAGGAGUGGGACCCUGAAUACACUCCCAAGAGCAGGAAGUAUUACUUGCACGAUGAUCGCGACGGUGAGAAAACCUGGGUAGACAACCGCGGCAGAGGCCGGGGUUCCUUCCCACCUCGCCGGGGUCGCUUCGUCUACCGUAAGGGGGGCAGCAGCCCCAAGUGGACCCACGACAUGUACCAGGGAGGAGAAGAGGGGGCGGAGCUGGGAGACGACGGCAUGGAAGUAGGUCGUAAAGAAGCUAAGAUCGUUGGAGACUCUGCACAGAAGCCGUAGAACCGAUCACUGCAUCGUCAUCGUUACGUUUUCAUGAGUGUCAGAGCGGUUACAGUGACGAUGGAAGGGCUUCUUCAUUUCCCCUCCACGUCAUCUCAUCAUUUAGUGGUUAAUGUUCUUCACACUUAAGGUGAAGAGAGACUGGAAUGAAGAGCAGCACUCUGUUACCUUCUGUUCGUGAGGUUGGCUUCAUUUCAGUCUUGUUUUUUUUUAACGUAAAGGUGAGUUUGUGUUUCGCAGCUGGUCGACUUAAUUGUAUCUUUUUAAGGGAGAAAAUACUGAGGCAACAAAGAUGAAUAUUCUCUAAAAAAGAAAAAAGAAGACAAAAUAAGACAUUUGUGCCUUAGAAAAUAUUAAUUCAGUACUCUACCUGUGUAAUCUGUUUGAAGGUAAAGCCCCAGCUCUCUCCUGUUGAGAGAAGUUAGAUGAUAUCCAUCUUUUCUUUGUUUGUUUUUUGGGGCUGUGAUAAAUCUUUGAUGUUACUGCAUGAACCGUUUAAUUCAUACCUCGCUCCUCGGGACCAAUCAGCAGUGGGCUCAGGGCUCAUGACCGUCAAAUCAUCAGACAUGUUCUGAUAAACCCCUGAAGGAUUGAUGUUUUUCACUCAUAUUAUCUGGGCUUUUUCAUACUGUGCCACUUCACCUGAAUUUCUCAUUAUAAGUGACGACAUUGUUAAGUGUGUGUGCUACAGUAUACGUAUGUUUUCAGUUAAAAAAAAGAAAAAAAGAAUUGGCAACAAAAUAUUUUGCUUUAGACAGAUAAACUAGUAGGUUUUCUGCCUCUUGUCAUAUCGAUUUAGGUAAGUGGCUACAUUUUGUUUAGAUUUUUAAUAAAAAACAGAAUAGGCUAAUACAUGUAUAGAAUUAUAAGACUAAAUUAUUGUAAUCUUAACAUCUUGGGGCGGGAAACUUAAUAUGGUUCUUUUUUUUUAAUACAACAGUUGCAGUAAAUCCUCUCGCAAAACUAAAGACACCAGUUUCUGAGCAACCUGGGCAUCAAAACAAGUGGAGAAACCCAAGAAAUUGUGACAAAAUGUUUUGUCAAAGGCAACGAUUAAAAGUGUAUAUUUUUAAGAGGAGUUGACAAGAACUAGCAGAACUAGUUUUGUGAAUCUCACUGUGCUGCUUCGUCCCACUUUCGAGUGUACAUACUGCAUGUACUCAGCAGAAUUGUAGGACUUUUUUUGUUUAAUCUGAAGCUGAAAACUUUUGUACUGUUCUCAAGAGCUUUGGAGUACUUUGUCUUUUAAUUUUCAAUAAAUCUUUCUUUGAUUCAGGGCAA